GCGCAAACUGCCGCGGCCUCGCCCUCCUGCGCAGGCGCGCUGCCCGCUGCUUCUCCGGGGCGCUCCCUAAAGCGAAAAAUCUUCCCCACCAGGGGCAGUGACAAAGGUGAGCGGCCUGGAAAAAGUGGAAGAGACGCCUCGCUGGUGCGCAUCAGUGGCUCUCUUAGCCUUACCUGAAGUUGCGGUCACCCUUGGUUUCUCCGGGAGCUAUCUGCCUGGCUAAGGGCUCCGCCGUAGGCCGUAGAAGCUAGGAAGCUAAAGGGGACACACGGAUAAAUAUAAGUGAUCCGAGUUGCUGGAGGCACAGCUGCGGCACAGAUGGCCUCGCGGCACAUCACGCAGGACACCUUUGAUGCGGCCGUGCGUGAGAACAUGGAGGUGUUCGACAUGGGGCCGGAGGAGGCCGUGCAGGAGGCCGUGGAGCAGUUUGAGUCUCAAGGCGUGGAUCUGAGCACCGUUGUGAAGGCAACGCCCAAGGCCUCUGCCGAUGGAGCUCCGGAGCCCACGCACGCCGUGUGCCAGGCCCUGGAUGACCUACAGGAGGCCGUGGCCAGCUCACACCCCCAGCAGGCAGCUGUCCAUCUGGCGCGCUUCUGUGACCAGUGCCAUGAGCACCGGGCCUGCCGCUUCCUGGCGGCCCAGAAGGGCGCCUAUUCCACCAUUCUGGCCGCCUGCAAGCUGGCAGCCGCUGGUGACCAGGGUCUCCUGCUCCUGGCCCUCGGUGCCCUGGCAGCACUCACGGAUGGCCAGCCUGACCUCCUGGACGAUGCCGGCCUGCGGCUGCUAGUGACCACACUGGCCCAGCACGCCGACUCGGCCGACGUGACCUGCUCUGGGCUCCGUUGCGUCCGCCACGCCUGCCUGAAGCACGAGCAGAACCGGCAGGCCCUGGUGAAGGCCGGUGCGCUGCCCCUGCUGACUGGCGCCAUCGCCCGGCACGGCUGCCACGCUGACGUGGUCAGGGAGGCCUGCGGGGCCCUGCGUGUCAUGACCUUUGAUGACGACAUUCGUGCACCCUUCGGCCAUGCCCAUGACCACGCCAAGAUGAUCGUGCAGGAAAACAAAGGCCUGAAGGUCCUCAUUGAAGCUGCCAAAGCGCUCCGUGGCAACCCCAGCAUCCUGGGUGAGCUCUGCGGCACCCUGGCCCGCCUGGCCGUGCGCAAUGAGUUCUGCCAGGAGGUGGUGGAUCUCGGGGGCCUCGACGUCCUGGUGACCCUGCUGGCCAGCUGCAAAGACCACCAGGUGGGGCCCCCCGAAGGCUCAGUUUCCAUCCUCCAAACUCCAGGAAGCUUCCUGUCCCUCUGGGUCACCAUCCCUCGAGCCCAGCACACCAGCCUCUCGCUGCCCUCUGCCCGUUUUCUGCUGGAAUGGGGGACAGAGGGGAAGAUGUUGGCCCAGCCAGGGCCCAACCCCAGCAUGUGAGGCUCUGCUGAGGCCCGCCUCCCUGCCUCAGUGUGCCCCACGUCAGACCUCUGUCAGCAGCCCGGGCGCCCGCGCCUCUGAGGUCGGGGUGAGGCCCUGGCCCCUCUUGGUGCCCUCCAGUUGGCGCCCCCUG